AUUAGGACCCUGCGGCGACCGAAGCGGGCUUCCUUCUCUCAUUGAUCUGACAGGUUCUCCUGCGGUAGUUCAACAUGCUUCAACGCAGCCGACCCAACAAGGGCUGCGAGAAGAAAAGGGGAACCUAGCAGCUGUUAUGGGACCUAAUGAGUUUUAAAUGCUUUUUAUAUGGCAUUAACCUACAAAAAUAGACCUACAAUGUCUGUCAAUGAAGGCAGGCCAUCAUUCUGAGCGCUUUCAAUCAACCAUAGCGUUUAUUGACAUCUCAUUUCGACAACCAAGAGGAAGUUUGUUUUCUUCUUCUUCUUUGGAUUGAAAUGUCGUUUGAACUGCCUUGCCUCGCUUUCGAUAAAUAAGUACGUUUUCACUAGGGGAUGUUAAGGUAACAAGUUGUUGCUGCUCUUGUCACCGGUGAAAUUGCCGCUGAACUCCCGGAGAAGAAGCAGCAUACACCGGGAUACGGCAACAUUGUUUCGGUAGUCACUUUUUUCAUCCGGAUUCUGUGUGUUGUUGGGCAACCGAAGCAUGUCCCAAAGCAGAAUUAUGGAAUUUGAACAUUUUGAAGACAGGGAGAAGAAACACCGGUCAUCUAAGGCCAGCGCCUCCGGGUCCCACUCCAGUCUGAGGGGUAACGGUCUGGUGCCAAGUCCAGCGCACAGCGCGCACUGUAGCUUCUACCGAGCGCGCACCCUCCAAUCCCUCACGUCGGAGAAGAAAGCCAAAAAAGUGCGUUUUUACCGCAAUGGGGACAAAUACUUUAAGGGCCUGGUGUACGCCGUGUCCAACGACCGUUUUAGGUCAAUGGAUGCCCUGCUUAUGGAACUCACUCGGUCCCUGUCGGACAACGUCAACCUCACCCACGGAGUGCGCGCACUGUACACCGCAGAUGGAAGCAAGAAGAUCUCGAGUCUAGAUCAAUUAGAAGAGGGCGAGAGCUAUGUGUGUGCCUCCAACGAGCCCUACCGUCGGCUGGACUACACCAAGAACGUCCACCCCAGCUGGUGGGUGGGCAAGACGGCCACGUCUCGCUCGCUCUCGGCGCUCUGCGGCGGCGGCGAGCAGCUGCUGCUGCAGCGUGAGUCCAAGGACUUCAUCAAGCCCAAGCUGGUGACCGUGAUCCGCGGCGGCGCUAAGCCGCGCAAGGCCGUGCGCAUCCUGCUCAACAAGAAGACGGCCCAUUCCUUCGAGCAGGUGCUCACCGACAUCACCAACGCCAUCAAGCUGGACACGGGCUUGGUGAAGAGGCUGUACACGCUGGACGGCAAACAGAUUACCUGUCUUCAGGACUUCUUUGGGGAGGACGAUGUGUUUGUCGCCUGUGGUCCAGAGAAGUACCACUACGCCCAGGAUGACUUUGUGCUGGACCCCAGCGGUAAGGCUGCCACAGCCUUCAUGACUGAGUGCCGGGGGAUGAGGUCAUCGUCCCACUCUCGCUCUGCCAGUGCCCACAGAGCCGGGGCCUCCCGGAGCCCGGGGCCCUCCCGACGCAGCAAAUCCCCGGGAGCAGUGAGAAGACCCCUGAACUUCUCCACCAGCCAGUCCCCGCUCAGGUCCCCAGUUAACGGGGGUCCGGGCAGCCAGAUCUCCACUCCAAGGUCCACCAAGUCCUCUAGCCCCUCCCCCACCGGCCCCCACACAAUGCAGGGAUUUAAGGUUCCGCCAUCACACCACGCCUCUGCCCCCAACAUCAACGGCUCCUCCAGCCACCACCACCACCGCCACCGCCACCAGCCCCAGGAACACACCACCCCCAGCCCUGAGGUCAACGGCAACGGCUGUCUGCCCUCCUCGUCCCCCAUCCUGGACAAGUAUGAGGUCGGCAAGGUCAUCGGAGACGGGAACUUCGCCGUGGUCAAAGAGUGCGUGGAGCGGGCAACAGGAAAAGAGUACGCGCUGAAGAUCAUUGACAAGGCCAAGUGCACUGGGAAGGAGCACCUGAUAGAGAAUGAGGUGGCGGUGCUGAGGAGGGUGAAGCAUCCUAACAUCAUCAUGCUGAUGGAGGAGGUGGACAGUCCCACUGAACUCUGCCUGGUCAUGGAGCUGGUCAAGGGGGGGGAUCUGUUUGACGCCAUCACGUCGUCGGCGAAGUACACGGAGCGGGACGCGAGCGGCAUGGUGUACAACCUGGCCGGGGCCCUGAAGUACCUGCACGCCAUGAACAUAGUGCACCGGGACGUGAAGCCAGAGAACCUGCUGGUGUUUGAGUAUCCGGACGGCACCAAGUCCCUGAAGCUGGGGGACUUUGGCCUGGCCACGGUGGUGGAAGGGCCCCUCUACACCGUGUGCGGGACCCCCACCUACGUAGCCCCCGAGAUCAUCUCAGAGACCGGGUACGGGCUGAAGGUGGACGCCUGGGCGGCGGGCGUCAUCACCUACAUCCUGCUGUGUGGCUUCCCCCCCUUCAGAAGUGAGAGCAACCAUCAGGAGGAUCUGUUUGAGCAGAUCUUGGAGGGCCGGCUGGAAUACCCCAGCCCAUACUGGGACCUCAUCAGCCACUCCGUCAAGGAGCUGAUUGCCCAUCUGCUGCGGGUGGACCCCGAGGAGCGCUACUCAGCACAGGACGUCCUGUCCCACCCCUGGAUCACCGCCAACAACAGCACCCCGACCGAGCACACAGCCCUAGAGAACAACAUGAAGGUGGAGGUGUCAGGUAAACUGAAGACGCAUUUCAACACGGCGCCAAAGAACAACAACACCAGCGCGGGUGUGUCCGUCAUCAUGAGUUAGCCCCACGGCGCUGAACACGGCCCUGGACAAGGAGGGCAUC